AUGGAGCUCUCAGGCGGAGAUCUUAAACAACGGUACAGAAUUCUGAAUGAAUUGUACAAAGUGAACCAGCUACCGACCUUCGUUAUACCAGAGGACAUGUUUCCCGCCUGCUCUUCCCAGCCAGAAGCUUCUAACAUCACCAUCUCUUCAACUCCAUUGGCAGAUAUCCUGUCUCCUGACGCCCACCCUGUGCAACCUGCUACAGAUUCUGCAAUAUCCUUACACACUGCUACUCCAGACGAACCAUCUACUUCUCCAGUGGUACUUGAGACUACACCAGCUUCACCAGAAACUACACCAGCCGCACCUGAGAUUACACCAGCUUCACAGGUACCUACACCUGAUGCUUCUGCAAACCAACACUUGUCUUCCGAUGAUGACUCUACUGCCUCGAUUGACGUUAAAGCACAAUCACCAUCUCCAGCAACAGAGGAGUCUCCAAGAGUCUCCGCACUAUAUGAUCAACGUGAAAAAAUUACACAUGGAUCUCCCGAAUACAGACGCCUCUCCAGCAAAAUACUCAACACAAGAUAUGCGGAAUGCCUGCUGAAUGAUCCAGACUCAAAACUACGCCGAGUACAAACAUCAAAUGAUUACUCGAAGCAAGAAAAAAUGGAAGAAAGAAGAAACACCAAAUUGAAGAAGAAGAAGACACCACCUGAAGACAGAUUGUUUCCACCUUGA